AUGAAAGUUAAUCAGAAUAAUUUAAAUGAGAAUUCAUUGAGAACAAAACGUCAAGGUUACGACAGUCUGGGAACAGCUGCUGUUGAAUCACCAAAUUUGGGGAAACAGAAUUUCCAAUUAAAACAACAACAACAGACUUUAAAUAAUCGUAACUGUGGUAGUUGUGCUUUACGUUCUAGAAAUUGUCCUUCGGGUCCUGCAGGAGCUCCAGGAAUUAAAGGAAUUCCUGGGGAAGAUGGAAUACCCGGACAACCUGGGCAUCAAGGUAUUGCAGGAAUUGGUGUUGUGAGUAAUAUGCAAAAAUCUGUUUGCAUUAAAUGCCCUAUGGGGGCAAAAGGAGCGCCAGGAAGUGAUGGACCGCCUGGAAAACCUGGCCCACUUGGAGAGAAUGGAAAACCGGGAUUGCCUGGAAAAGAGGGUGAUCCAGGAAAACCAGGUGCUCGAGGCGAUAAAGGCCCAUUAGGAGCACCAGGCGAGCCUGGAGUGAUUGGAAAACCAGGGGCUUCCGGACAAGCAUCUACUUCUAAACCUGGGCCGAAAGGAGCAACAGGCCCUCCAGGGAAGCAAGGAGAGCCUGGUCUGCCAGGAGACACACCAAAAAUUGGAGAGCCAGGCCCUCCAGGACCAAUUGGACCGCCUGGCCCGCCUGGAGAACCUGGAAAGGAUGGUGAGACAGGAAAGCCGGGAGGUGUGGGUUCUCCUGGCUCUGAUGCUGAAUAUUGUGGUAAUUAA